AUGUCUCGAAAUUUACACUCCCAAAACGUUUUAGGACAGUCGCUUUUCCAAAAAAUAAACGAAUGCCGUGUGCUAAUCAUUGGAGCUGGUGGGAUCGGAUGCGAGCUAUUAAAGAAUGUGGCAAUGAGUGGUUUUCUUCAAAUCGAACUGGUUGAUCUAGAUACAGUCGAACUUUCGAAUUUAAACCGGCAAUUUUUAUUUCAAAACCAACACAUUAAGAAAUCUAAGGCAAAAGUUGCACGUGAAUCCGCAUUAAAUUUUAACCCUGAUAUGAAUAUCAUUGCGCAUCAUGCUAAUAUCAAAGACAACCAAUUUAACGUUGAAUGGUUUAAACGCUUCGAUAUUGUGAUGAACGCAUUAGAUAACCUUGAAGCUAGACGCCAUGUAAACAUGAUGUGUUUAGUUGCUGAUGUACCAUUGAUUGAAUCUGGUACAGAAGGAUAUUUAGGUCAAGUGACAGUGAUUAAAAAGGGAAUAUCUGAGUGUUAUGAUUGCCAACCUAAACCAUUAAAAAGAACUUUUCCAGUAUGUACCAUUCGAAGUACUCCCUCCCAACCUAUCCAUUGUAUCGAAUGGGCUAAAAGUUAUCUUUUUAGUCAGUUAUUUGGACUACCUGAAGAUGAAGAUGAUGAACGUUUGGAAUCAGAAAUGACGGAUGACAAUGCGAAUGAAAUAGAUAAUCUUAGAAGAGAAACGCAAGCGUUAAAGCAAAUUAGAGCAGCAAUGGGAACGCUGGACUAUCCUCAAAGAGUUUUUAGAAAGGUUUUUACCGACGAUAUAAUUCGUUUACUUAGAAUGGAAGAUAUGUGGAGAAACAGGAAACCUCCCGUACCUCUAAUAUACGAGGACAUUGUAAAUUUAGUUACGGAAGGAGAUUCUGAUUUGAAUUACAUAGAAGAUUAUAAUAUGUUGAAAGAUCAACGAAUAUGGAGUCUAGCAGAAAACUUCGUUGUUUUCUUAGAUAGCGUUCGACGCCUAAGUAAUACAUUAUUAAAAAAACAAAACAGUAAUCCAAACGCUUCGCUUUUAUUUGAUAAAGAUGAUCAGGAUGCUUUGGAUUUU